AUGCUUUUGAAAGAGAACCGUUCCAAACGUCAAAAAUACAAUCCUCACCAACAGUUGGCCCUUGAUGCAGUUAUUAAUACUCCAGUGUCAAUCACGCCGAGGCAACCUUUGUCCGAGUUGACUCCAUCACUUCAAAACAGUACUACAAGAACGAGAAUUUCUGGACAUUCUACGGCGAAGGAAAAUGAGGGCUUUACUCCUUCCUCAUUGAAAGCUAAUCAAAACCGGUCUCCUCAUGAAAACAUUGUCGGUGAAGCUGGAAGAUCUUCUACGAUACACACCUUACCACUAAAUCCCAGACCAGUUAGAGGUAGGCCUAAGAAUCACUAUGGAGUUCCAAAUAUGGCUAGGAACUUAACCAGAAAGUUUCCUAUACUGGAAAGAGAGGAAGGGCAUCACACAACGAAUGGUUUGCUCGGUUACACCGGACAAACAAGUAAUCCAACUAUGGUAGAACAACAACCGAGGUAUGGGAAAUUCCCAAGUAGUGUCAUUAACACACCGCCACCUGCUCGGCAAAUAGGCAAGAUAUCCAACAAUCAUGUUUCUCACGAGGUAACGCAAGUGUCACAGUCCACGACCAAUCAUCAGCGUAAAACGGAGCCAACGUGUCCUAUUUUUACACCUACGGUUAAUAUGGAUUUUAAUAGCGACUCCGAUGAGGACAGCGACUACGACCCGUUUGCAACAUACUUAUCCGACGAGGAAAACUGUUCAGACUCAGAAGAUCUUGAAGCACCUUUUACAAUCAAUGACAUCGCAACCGGACAUUCUGAAGAAUAUUACGAUAUCGGUUCCCCUCUUAUCGAAUGUUGUUAUUGCAAAGCAAUGAUGUGGUAUCAAGAAAGGAUGCACAAAAGUACACAUUCAGCUAACCCAAAGUUUAUGAUGUGCUGUGGUAACGGCAAAGUUGAACUACCAAUGCUAAAACAGCCUCCUGAGCAACUUGCAAAACUUUUAUUUGAUAAUGACAGUAUAGUUAGCCGGAAGUUUCAACAACAAAUCCGACUAUACAAUAUGAUGUUUGCAUUCACAUCACUGGGAGCAAAGAUAGACAAUCGUUUUAACAAUGGUCGCGACCCUCCAACAAUGAGGAUACAAGGUCAAACGUGUCAUCGAAUUGGGAGUUUACUGCCUCCUCAAGGGCAAAAACCAAAAUUUGCACAGUUAUAUAUAUAUGACACGGAAAAUGAAGUCGAAAACCGGAUGCAUGGCCUUAGGAACAAGGAGAACAUUGGUUCUGAUGUUGUAAACCAGUUGUCCAAUAUGCUGUACGAAUUCAAUCCUCAUGCAAAGAGCUUUCAAAUGGCAAAACAAUGGUUAAACAAUGGGGAAACUCAAAACCUCAAGCUACGCCACAUUUCUAACCGAUCCACCGAUGGAAGGGUGUAUAACCAACCUACUGUGUCUGAAGUUGCAGCCUUGGUUGUUGGUGAUAUUGACACGGCAGAAAUGCGUGAUAUCAUUAUGCAAACAAGAGGAGGGGGACUUCAGAGAAUCAACGAACUGCAUGCUGCUUACAUGGCUUACCAGUAUCCUUUGAUUUUUCCUUAUGGUGAGGACGGUUAUAGACCUGAUGUAGCUCAUAGGGACUUGCCUUCCAACAAUAACAGCGUACGAAAUAGGCUCACAAUUCGGGAAUUUUUGGCAUACCGCAUUCAAACCAGGUUAAAUGAAGCUAAGACUUUAUUGUCUUCCAGAAGGUUGUUCCAACAAUUUCUGGUAGAUGGUUACACAAUGUUAGAGUCUGAGAAACUUGAAUGGCUACGUAAAAAUCAACCAAAACUUCGAGUUUCCAAGUACAACUCUUUAAAUGAAGAGGGAGACCAGAGUCAAGCCCAAGGGAACAACAUAGGUAAACGAGUGGUUUUGCCUUCCUCCUUUGUCGGAGGUCGUAGGUUUAUGGAUCAAUUGUACUAUGAUGGAAUGGCUAUAUGCAGUAAAGUUGGAUUUCCUGAUUUGUUUAUUACCUUUACUUGUAAUCCUAAUUGGCCUGAGAUUCAAAGAGUACUUAGACCUCUUCAUUUGAAACCUCACGAUCGACCGGAUAUCAUCUCAAGAGUCUUCAAAAUCAAGUUUGAUCAAUUGCUUACAGAUUUAACCAAAAAAGGUGUUCUCGGCAAAGUACUUGCCUAUAUGUACACCAUCGAGUUUCAAAAGAGAGGAUUGCCUCAUGCCCAUAUAUUGAUCUUCUUGCAUCCUUCAAACAAAUAUCCAGGUCCAGAAGACAUUGACAAGAUCAUUAGUGCUGAAGUGCCCGAUCCCGAAACACACCCUCGGUUGUACAGUUUGGUCAAAGCUCACAUGGUUCAUGGUCCUUGUGGUUUGGCAAAUCCCAAAACACCUUGCACGAAAGAUGGGAGGUGCACCAAGUUUUACCCAAAGAAAUUUCAACCUACGACUAUUGUGGACCAAGAAGGGUAUCCUGUUUAUAGGAGAAAAGACAACAAACACACCAUUGAGAAAAAUGGACUCAUCUUUCACAGUGGUCAUGUUGUUCCUCACAAUCCAAGUUUGUUGUUGAAGUACGAAGCCCACAUUAACAUGGAAUGGUGCAACCAAAUUACUUCUAUCAAAUACCUUUUCAAGUAUAUAAACAAAGGUUCCGAUAGAAUUUCUGCAAUCAUACAAGGCCAAGAUAAAAACAACAUCGACGAGAUCAAACAAUAUUUGGAUUGUUGA